GAGGAGCCAGACGCCAUCGUAAAGCCUACGGAUCAUCUUUCACGGGCGCGCGAUGUCAGCGCGUUCGACCGCGAAGAAUGCCGGUCCCGGGCAUAAUGUUGGUAUGCAAGCGUGAAAAAUUUAGUGAGGCCAAGGGUGAGAAACACGCGAGCUUCGGAGAUUUUCAGCGCGCGGCGUUCCUCGCUGGGAUAAUAACGCCGGAUAAUAAUUCUGCCGGUCGCCGUGCAUUUACGUCGCCGGCUACGUCGUAUGCCCGAAAAAAAGCGAUUGAUGGGAGCGUCUUCCAGGAAAUUAACGGUUCUACCGGAAACGUGCAACCGAAUUCCGUCGGAGGGAGGAGACCUGCGAAAAUCAAAUCGCCCACUCGACGCACGACGAACAUAAUAGAUACAAAAUUAAAUCACCCACCACCCGUGGCGACUGUUUCAUUAUAAAGCGCGUGUUGUUCGAGCGAAGAACGCGUCUCUUCGUGGGCUGCACGCAGAAUUAAGGAAAGUCCGAGGAGAGCAGAGACGAGAGCGCACCAUCAGCUUCAUAGGUGGUCCAAUCUUGGAACAUCACUGUCAACCGUUAAGUGAGUCUUUACUUAGACGAGAUGUUUCUAUUGCUUCCUUAAUGACCUUUUUUGAAUAAGAAUACCACGAAGAUAAGCGCACUGAAAAGCUCUUUGUUCAAUCUGAGACGGCUCUUGUAUUUCUUGUAUUUUUAAAUCCA